UUUGGAUUUCCAGCAUCCGCAGUUUUUUUGUUUUUAUUUUUGUACUCUUGAGAGCACCGCCUAUGGCGUCCACAAGGCCGACGCCCUGUACUGCGUCGACACUUCCGGCCUGCUGACGCACUGUGACGUGACGUGCCUUCGCCUGCUGACGGAAGUGACGCCAUGACGCCGGAGACCGGGCCCCCGGCGAGGAGGAGGAGGGACGAAAGUGAAAUGUCGGACCUGUUCGUGAAACCAGGAAACCAGGAGCGAGGCUGGAAUGAUCCCCCUCAGUUUUCGUAUGGGUUGCAGACACAAGCACAGCGUCCCAGGAAACAUUUUCUCACUAAGAGGGUACCAGCACCUCAGUUGGAAAAACCAAAAGUUUGUGGACCAGCUGGAAUUCCUCCUGCAAUUAUACCAUCGGGCCCUUCCGUAGCCCAUGAGAAGAUGCCACCGCCACCACCUCCAAAGCAAUCUAGUCAGUCCAACAGUUGUAAACCAGUGCAGAGUGCUACAGUUAUGUCUGAUUGUGAAGUAAAUGUGGAAGAUGUUUUAGUUCCAUUGAAUAAAGCACUGGAGGCUUGUAGGAAAACUGUUAAGAAACAAGUUUGUGAUGAUAUUGGUAGAAGGCUAAUAAUACUCCAGGAUAUGUGGCAAUCGGGAAAGCUAUCUGUAUCAGUGCAAAAAAGGAUGCAACUGCUCACACUAGAAAUGGAGCAAUGCAAUUGGGAUUCUGCUGAUGAAAUCCACAGAUCUUUAAUGGUUGACCAUGUGAAUGAAGUUGGACAGUGGAUGGUCGGAGUGAAACGCCUCAUUGCUGAAACUAAAAAUCUACCAUCUGACCUUACUGACAAUGGAAACAAAGAUUAAGAGUUAGAGGCUGAGGUGCUAUGUUGAAACCAUUCAUGGUGAUCCAACUGAUAAUACUGUUCUUCAGUGAGAAUGUAGUCAAGUACCAAAAUUAUAAAACCUUGACAACAGGAAUAAGGAAAAGACAAUACUUGUUAAUGAUUCCUGCACUGAGCAGGAAUGAAAGCAUGUAUUCAGGCUGUAUUCUUAUCUUAAGACUGUUCUAGAGUUUACAAAAGCACUUUAGUCUUAAAGAAAUGGACUGAGCUUUUCAAUGACUUGGCCACUCUUAGGCCACCAGGAAGCUGCUGCAAUGAUUAAAUCCUUUCCGAGUAUUCUGUUUGGAAGGCGAGUGUCAGAUGUUGACUAUAUCAGUUUCCUCUGCCACAGAGAGUGCAGCCAAGCCUCAUUACUACAAGAACAUAGGGCUCUUCCAGAGACGCUUUUUUCCUUUUACAUGGCUUGUUUUACUGACAUCUGUAGAAAUGAGAUUUCGAUUUAACUUUACCACAAGUAAUUCAGAAAUUGUGGCCUUCCUGCUGCAUUUUAUAUUUUUAAAACAAUCAUUAAAGAUUCAAGGUGAAGAGUCAUCUUGAAAUAGCUUUG